AUGCUCAGCAUUCGAAGAGUACCAAAUUUCUAUGUUUACGUGAUCGCCACUCCUUGUUUCAUUCUGACAACUCUGUCAAUUGUGGGCAUGUUCUGGACACCGAAUAUUAAAAAGGAGCAACUUGUUAAGCUAACGAUUGGUCUGACAAGUCUCGUAUCGAUGACUGUUUUGUUGGAUAUGCUUUCAAGUGCUAUUCCGAAAACAUCCGUCUUUCCAUUGUUAGGAAUCUAUGUCGUUUUUUGCGUGGCAAUCACUUCAUUCGCUUCUGUUGUCAUCACUCUUCAUUGUUUACCAAAUCCCAAAAAGCACCAUGAUCAGAAACAAGAUGAGAAAUUGUCUGAGACUGAAAAAGAGACUUUAAAAACAAGCAGG